AUGAAGCAGGAGCAAGAAGCGACACCGCCUGCGGACGCAACUUCUUUUUCUCCUUCUCCCUCCUCUCCUUCGUUUCCCAGAGUCACGACCCCUCCCUGCGAUGAAACACCACAGAAAGGCGGACCCUCGUCUCCUUCCGACUCGUCUGCGCCCUGUCCGAAUCCGCCCUCGCCAAGGAGAGCCGAUAACGCAAGAGUGACGCCCCCAAGAUACCAGGAGGAGGGAGCUUUGCGGGAGACUGCGCAUGCGGUAAGGGGGACGCCUGAGAACGAGGAGAGAGGAAAGAAGGCCGGUACGAACGGAGUGAUUGUCUCUCCCAACCGAAGAGCUUCCGCAAAGAGAUACGGCCGAACGGCCGAGGAGCUGCGGGAACAAUACAACAAUAACGAAUAUCACUCCUUUCCGACCUACGGGAACUCAAAAUACGGUGUUCCCGUCCCAGAUCCGAUGAAGAACUACAACACUAAAACCAGAUCCAUCGUUAACGGCGGCUUUACCGGCGGGGUCAACACUUUGGACAGAGGCAGAAAUGCGCGCCACAAGAGACUGCCCUCGGUACAACAAGUGGAACCCUCGAGGUCUGCCAAACGCCAGAAAAUACAGACCAAAGACGAAGCGCCCAGAGACCCUGCCGUGCUCAUCCCAAGAUACAUCUCUCCAAAGUCAGGUGCCCCGCCAAAAACCGUGCCAACGGUAGACUUGACGGACUCUCAGCAGUCGCCGGAUCUCGAACUUAUUAGUAACCGCUCGAACCACGAACCGACGUCGAGUGCGGAAGUCCCCGAAUAUAGGAGCGUAGAGAGGGCACAUAGCGCAACUGCUAGCAACAAACGCCACCGUUCUCGCCCCCCCCGUGUUCGCCCCUUGCAGUACGCUCUAUCAACCACGGCCAAAGAAAGCCUCACGGACGACGAAGAUGACCUUACAAAAGAAGAGGAUGCUCCCCCAAGAAAGAAGCGUGCUCCCGACCAACCUAAGGGCAAUUCAAAGACAGCAUUCCAUCUACCCCCGGGCGUAGGUACGGCAAAAGGUCAGCCAGAAGACAUUUCGGACGAUGAGCUUGGUAGCCAGGACAGAAGAUCACCGAGGGAACGGCGUGCCUCCUCGACAGAGGGCAUCUCGAACACAGAUGCACGAAAGUCAAGGAAAGCCCCUGCCGCCCGUUCGCGUGGAGAUAUGACCAAGGUGGAAUUCUCAAGGUCGCAGAACGCUCAUCAGCCAAGAUUAGCUAUCGCUCGCGCUGUCUCUGGGGAAGCCUGGUCGCGGUCGAUUCCACCAACAAGGAACGUCCAGACUACAGAUGGCUGGAGGUAA